AUGAAACAUUUAAUAACAAGUAUUAUUAUAAUAUUUUUAAAUUUUUUUAAUAAAAAAAAUUUAUUUAUUCAAAGUAUUGCUAUUGAUAUUCAUGAUAUUGAUGCUCUUAAUGAAGUUAAACCUAAUUAUUGUAAUAAUGUUACAUUACAAAAAGAAUUUGGUUUAACAAAAACUGUUGUAGGACAUUUCUUGGGUCUUGAUUGUAGUGGUGAAUUUUAUCAAUGUAGAUCAUACUCUGAUGGAUAUAAAACAUUUAAAAAAACCUGUAAAUCUGGUCUUGUCUUUGAUACACAUGGAUCACAAACUUGUAAUUAUGAUUAUAAUGUUAUUGGUUGUGGUAUAAGAGGGUUAAAUAUAAAAUUAUGUAAUUUUGAUGAAUUUACAUGUUCAAUGUCUGAACAGUGUGUUAAAAUUGGAAAACGUUGUGAUGGAAAGUAUGACUGUAUUUUGGAGGAGGAUGAACAAAAUUGUCCAAUGUGUGGAAAAGAUGAAUUUCAAUGUGUUGUUUCAGAGGAAUGUCUACCAAAAAAUGUUCGUUGUAAUGGAGUAGUAGAGUGUAAAGAUAAGACUGAUGAAUUAAAUUGUAAUCAAUGUGGUAGUGGAAAUUUUUUUUGCCGUAAUAGUAAUCAAUGUAUUCCAGAGGAGAUGAGAUGUGAUGGAGAAAGACAAUGUUCAUUUGGUGAAGAUGAGUAUAAUUGUAGAAAAAUUAAAAAAAGUUCAAAGAUAUAUGUUUGUGAAGAUGGUAAUGGUAAAAUUGAUAUUAAAUAUGUUUGUGAUGGUAUACCAGAUUGUUUAGAUUCUUCUGAUGAAAAGUAUUGUGAAGAAGAAAUAUCAACAAAUACCUAUUAUCAUCAAACAACAUAUCCUCAAAAUUAUGUUGAAGAAGUAGGUGAUCAAUUAUUUACAAGAACUCCAUCACUUCAAAUUCACAAUAUACCUAUACCUCCAACAACAAAUAAUUUUUAUCCUCAACCACAACCUAUUAUAAUUGAAAACUUAAAUAAACAAAGUACAAAAAGUAAAAAAACAAGAAAAUAUUUAUUAACAACAAUUUCUACCACAACGACAACCAUGACUCCAUUUUUAGAACCAAUGGCAACACUUGAUAGUAAAGAAUAUGAAAAUAAUCAACAUGAAUUGGAAGAAGAAAUUCCUGAAAUAAUGAAUAAUCGUCCAGUAUUUUCACAAAAUAUUCCUGAAUAUGUUGGUACAAAAGGAAGAAAAUCAUUUUUCAACAACAUUUUAAGUACCAUUAAUCCAAAUAUAAUUGAGAAUGCCAUACAAACUGAAAUAACAACAAAUACUAUUUCUGAUGAGAAUGAUGAUUUAUUAAAAAAAUUGACACUUAAAUUAAAUUCAUUAGGGAAUCAAAAUGAAGUUAAUAAUUUAUUAUUUAAAUUAGAAUCUUUAUUAUCACCACAGACGACGACACCUUAUCCAGUAACAUAUACUUCAAUUAAAUUACCAUCUAAACAAAAUAAAGUAGAAAGAAGAAAAGAAUUUUUAAGAAUAACAUCAAAUCCAUUAAGAAAAUGGCAACCAUCAUUAUCGCAACAUAAUAAAAAACAAACAUUAAAAAAUGUUAUGAAAGAUCGCCCAUUCUUAUCACAAACAUCAACCACACCAUAUCCAAUAUCAAAUAGGAUUGAUGUUCAAUUAAGACAAUCAGAUGAGCCGAUGAUCAUUGAUUCAAAUGAAGAUAAAGAGUCUAUUGAAUUUAUAACUACUUCAACACGUGCUUAA